GUCAUGGCGGUGCCGAACGGGGCCGGGGCCGCGGCCGGGACGGGCCCGGGGGGGACCGGGACGGGCCUGGGGGGCCCGGGCGGCACCGGGGGAGGCCUCAGGGCGGCGGCCGGGCUCUACGAGCAGCUCAAGGGCGAGUGGGGCCGCAAGAGCCCCAACCUGGCCAAGUGCGGGGAGGCGCUGGGCAGGCUGAAGGUGGCUCUGCUGGACCUGAACUUCCUCCCCACCUCGGGCUCGGCCAUGACCAAGCAGCAGCUGAUCCUGGCCCGGGACAUUCUGGAGAUCGGGGCGCAGUGGAGCAUCCUGAGGAAGGACAUCCCCUCCUUCGAGCGCUACAUGGCGCAGCUCAAGUGCUACUACUUCGACUACAAGGAGGAGCUGCCCGAGUCGGCGUCGCGGCACCAGCUGCUGGGGCUGAACCUGCUGUUCCUGCUGUCCCAGAACCGCGUGGCCGAGUUCCACACGGAGCUGGAGCGGCUCCCGGCGCCCGACAUCCAGGGCAACCUGUUCAUCCGGCACCCCGUGUCCCUGGAGCAGUACCUGAUGGAGGGCAGCUACAACAAAGUGUUCCUGGCCAAGGGCAACAUCCCAGCAGAGAGCUACACCUUCUUCAUCGACAUCCUGCUGGACACCAUCAGGGACGAGAUCGCGGGCUGCAUCGAGGCCGCCUACGAGCGGAUCCUGUUCCCCGAGGCCGCGCGGAUCCUGUUCUUCUCCUCGCCCCGCAAGAUGACCGACUACGCCAAGAAGCGGGGCUGGGUGCUGGGCCCCUCCAACUAUUACAGCUUCGGGGGGCGGCAGCAGAAGGCCGAGGACCCCCCGAUCCCCUCGACGGAGCUGGCCACGCAGGUGAUCGAGUACGCCCGGCAGCUGGAGAUGAUCGUCUGACAAACACAACUUCCCUCCGCUUCCCCUUCCUCCCCAUCUUUUCCGCCUUUUUUUUUGCCUUUAUCCCGCCAUUUUCCGCCUUUUUUUCUGUGUUUUUUGGGGGUUUGCAACGUUUAAAGUGGUUUUUUGUUUUGGUUUUUUUUUUUUUGGAGGGGGUUUAACUGUUCCAAGAUUAUCCCCCACGUUAGGACCCCUCCCCAAAAUCUCCCCCAACCCGGUUUAUUUUCCUUAUUUCUCUCUAUUUUAUUGUGGUUUUGAGAGUUGAAGUAGUUUUUGGGGGGUGGUUGAAUGUUUAAAAGGGGUUCUGGGGGAUGCUCUCUGAAACCCCCGGGACCCCCGAAAUCCUCGUUUAUUCCCAUUUUCUCUUCAAUUUUGUUGCAUUUUUGAGGAGAGUCUUGAUGUGGGAACCCCAAACCCCCUCAGACCACCCCAAAACACCUCCAAAUCCCCCUUUUAACUCCCAUUUCCCCACAUUUUCGGGAGGUUUAGCGAUUUCAAAUGUUCUUUUGUGGGGGGAUUUGAAGACCCCCCAUUCCCCGCACCCCCUUUUUGGGUAGAACCGGGGGGGCUGAGCCCCCUCCCCAAAAAUACGAACCCCAAGAUGUUGUUCCAAUAAAGUGCUGGAGCUGGA